AUUUCUUUUCAGCAAAAGGAAGUGUCAGUUCAUAGAGUUAUAGGUGCUCUGAGAAACACCGACCUCUUGAAAGCCUGGUCCAGCUGAGCAGUGACUUCUGUGGUGUCUUGAAAGCAGGGACUGAUCACAACGGUUGUGCUGGGGGAGCAGGCUCUGACGGGAGCGAGACUGCCCAGGAUGUCCAACUACCUGCAAAAACUGACCACAGUGCUGCCGAGCCACAGGCCUGGGGCUCUGUUUAUCCUCAUCAUUUCAUUUCUGCUCGUUGCCUCUGUUGUGUUCUACCAGAGAACUGGGAAGGACACUGAAGGCCAGCUCUACCACUCGCCUACACAGAACAGGUCUGAAGACUUUUUGACUUCUCCUCCCCACACCAUUGCUGGUGGGUCCCCUCCUUCCCCAGGGGAUGUGUUUUUUGUGGAGACCUCUGAGCGAAUUAACCCAAGUUACCUGUUCACGUGCUCUGUGGAGUCAGCGGCCCGGGCACACCCUGGAACACGGGUUGUGGUGCUCAUGAAAGGCCUGGCAAAGGGGAAUGUCUCAUUGCCCAGCCACUGGGCAUUCUCAUUGCUGAGCCGCUUCCCCAACGUGGAGAUCCAGCCCCUGGACUUGGCAGAGCUUUUCUCAGGAACACCUCUGGCAAAGUGGUACUCACAGCCUGAGCACCAGAAGGAACCUUAUUUCUUUCCCGUCCUGUCUGACGCCUGCAGAAUUACCAUCAUGUGGAAAUUUGGUGGCAUCUACCUGGACACAGACUUCAUUGUACUGAAGAACUUGAAGAACCUCACCAAUGCCCUUGGUAUUGAGUCUCAGGAUGUGCUGAAUGGGGCCUUUCUGUCCUUCAAACCCAAGCAUGAGUUCAUAGAACUUUGCAUGCAGGACUUUGUCGAUAACUACAAAAGCUGGAUCUGGGGGCACCAGGGCCCACAGCUACUAACACGUGUCUUCAAGAAGUGGUGCUCUAUCAGUAAUAUCCAGAAUGGUAUGAUCUGCAAAGGAGUGAGUGCUCUUCCUCCUGAUGCUCUUUAUCCCAUUCCAUGGCAGGACUGGAAGAAAUUAUUUGAAGCAAUCAGCUCCUCAGAGCUUCACAAUCUCCUUAAGAACACCUAUGCGGUGCACGUAUGGAACAAACUGAGCCACGAUGCAAGGCUAGAGAUCACGUCCCAGGCUUUGCUGGCUCAGCUGUAUUCUCAGUUCUGCCCUGCCACAUCUGCACAGAUGAAGAAGGACUUUGAAGAGCAGUCAAGGCCUGUAAUGUGACCUGCGGCAGGGAAGUUUUCCAACCUGAAGGAAACUGAGUGCCUUCCACAGAGUUGGUUUCUAGCCCACAGAGCAGGUAUUCUGUGUGACAGCUCAGUGAUCUCAGUGAUUUUUAUACUAAUUCUAAUAUCUGCCUCAGAUAAUACAUGCUUCAAUUAUACACCAGAAGUUGGAUUUGGUCUCUCUUGCUACCCUUCAGUAGCCCUUGAUGCUGCAGGGAAAGGUGAUCUCAUUCACUGGUGCCUAUCAGUUGCUCCACUAUGUCUAUUCUCUUUGUUGUAUCAGGUCUGAAAUGCCUCUUGUGUAGUGUCAAAAUCUGUAGGAACCCUUUCCUUGCUGUGUGCAAUGUUUCUAAAUAUGUAAAUAAAUGCCAGUGCUAUAGGACACAGUUUAGACGAGUUUAGGACCAACUUCCCCCAGUGGUAAAGACUCUGACUGCUGGUGAAAUAUAUGGGGAGUAUAUGAAAAUGUCCUUAAGAAAUGGAAAAUGUUUUAAAAUCCCACUCGGCUCGGUGUAAAGAUUUUCUUGCUUUCCAAAGACACUUUGUUUCAAAUUAUCUUUUCUAUUGUUUCAUAUUCCAUAGCAAUAGGCUGAUUUUCUGCUUCUCUUCAGAGAAACAAAUAGACAAAAGCUGUUCUUUUACCAGUGUGGGUAAAGAUCCUUGUAUUGUUGCAGAAAUCUUUGUGGCACGUGGGCAUCUAACCAGUCCUUGUCACACACUCAGAAGAUCUCAGUGUCUACCUGUUCCUGCAAUAGUGUGAGAAGGAAAAUCAUUACCUUGCUUUUGAAUACUGAACACAUUGUGGAAGAACACAGGCAAACACCAAUGUUUGCAGAAGGACUAGUGACCAGGCCCAGGAUCAGAACCCGUGUCUCCAGUGAUAUCUCCUUAUUGUCACUGGGGAUCUAGUCUAACCCUAAUGCUGAUUACACAAGCAGAUAAGUGGCUGCAGGCAUCACUGCCUGUAAUAGGAACACAGGUGUCUAUAUCAGGGACUUU